AUGGAGACGCCGAACACGCGCAGCACCCGGCGGCGGAAACGGCCCGACGACACACCAGGCAGUCAAGGCUCUCAGCCCAACUCUCAGGAGGGUAGCGGCAUCACCUGGUCUCGCGACACGGAGCUGCUCGACACGGUGCUUGCCGGUCCCUCACGUCCCCUACCGCUACCGUCACCGACGCAGCGUCCGCGCGCGUUCUCUUCGCGCUCAACGAGUGGCCCUCGCAAGCGACCGUGCCGCGUUCGCUCUGCAACGCCCUCACUAAGCUCGAACUCGCUCUCGACAAGCCCUUGGACGUCCUUAUCAACGAACGUAUCGUCAAGAUCGACGGAGGGGAAGGCAGCCUACGACGGGAAGAGGUUAGACGAGCUCCUGGAGCAAUUCGACCUGUUCCGUACCCCGUCAUCCAGCUCAGCGCGCAGUCAAAGACAACCGCUCGGAGAACGCACGAAUCGGAUCCAGGCUGCACAGAGUCUGCCGAACGUCAAGACGCAAGCAGUCAAGACCAAGAAGGACGUGAAGCCUGUUAUCGCGCGUGAGCCUGUGAGGGGCACGCCAGUCGGCAGUGCGCAGAGUCUGCCCGACGUCCAGUCCGAUCUCCGCGCGCUUGCAAACAAUGCUCGUCCUCCGGCCUUACCCCGCGUUCAGCCUAGAGUGAAGAAGGAACCAGAGGAGGUCGACCCGCGCCGGCCCUUCCGCACGCCAUGGGCCAAGCCGCCGGGCGUCUCGCCAUCAACAAGCGCCGCGGUCAGCACGCCCGUCCGCUCAUCGCCGAGACGCAAGCCGCCUGUUGAUUACAGUCCCCGUUCGCUCCGUGCCCCUGCUGCGCGCGCGACACCAUCGCGCCUGCGGCAAGCACACCCGCCCCCACUCCCGCCGCCCGAGGAGCAAAUGCCCAGUUCCGAGGGCGACACGAGCGUCGACUCGUUCGACAUGCUCCUGAACGAGGGCGGGGAUGACGUUCAGGACCUCUUCUCGAUGAUGGACGCGUACUCGUAG